UAUACCCUGGUUGACAGGCUACCCACAUGACUAUACACAAAUCAAGAAUUUAGAGUGAGACUGGUGUUAGCAAGACUAGCACCAGCUCACUGUAGCAUGUGAUGUGAUUACCUGAUCCGCAAAAUACCUAUCCAGGGGUUGUAAGAUCUGGCAUGCAUUCGCAAAAUCGGAUUAGGGGAACACGACUGUAUGAGGCGCAUUCCUCUUGCCUAGGUUUUGCUGACGCAUUCCAGAUAUUACAACAACGCCUGGAUAUGUAUUUUACGUAAUUCCGGAAGCAUUUCUCAGGUCUGUGUAGCAGUGGGGACUUAUUUAGUAGUUACACCAUGGAGUCCUGCUGUGAAAACGUGAAAGCUGUCAGGAGAAGUAAAGAGGAGAAGAAACUUCUCCGAAAGCAAAUCAAAGCCAGUCAUACUUUACUGAAACAUGAGGGAAUAAGCACAGUAUCACAGCCCACCAAGAGCCUGGUGGUGGCUAAUGGUGGGCUAGGUAACGGUGUGAGCCGUGAGCAGCUCCAGGACGUGCUGGGAGAGGUCGGCGAGAUAGAAAUCCUGCUUAUGCCUCCACACAAACCCUACGCCCUAGUGACCUACAGGUCAGAGGUCAGCGCCCAGAGAGGACACGCCCUCAACGGACGACAGCUGCAGCGUGGGGACCAGAUUGUCACACUGUACCUGAGCUAUGUCAACACAGUGGACAGUGAGUUGUGGGGGUGUGUGGACCUCCCCCCAGGGUUGGUGCUGGUUGAGGAGUUUGUGUCUCCAGAGGAAGAGGCUCUCCUGCUGGAUGCUAUAGACUGGACGUCCCACGAUGAGGAUGUCACUGUGCAGAAAGUCCUGAAGCACAGGAGAGUGAAGCAUUUUGGUUACGAGUUUCGCUAUGACAACAACAACGUGGACAAAGACAAACCGUUACCUGGAGGUCUUCCCCAGGUGUGUGUCCCUGUGCUGGAGAGGUGUGUGAGGGACAGACACACAGAAGUCAUGCCAGACCAGCUGACUGUGAACCAGUACCAGUCUGGACAAGGUAUUCCUCCUCAUGUAGACACUCACUCUGCCUUUGAAGACCUCAUCCUCUCCCUAAGCCUGGGGGCUAAGACGGUGAUGGAUUUUCGUCAUCCUGAAGGCCGCUCGGUUGCCGUAGUGUUGCCACGGCGCAGUCUCCUGCUGAUGAAGGGAGAGAGCAGAUACCUAUGGACACACGGGAUAACCCCCAGGAAGUUUGAUGUGGUGCCAGCCUGUGACCCAAAAUCCCCUGCUGCAGUGACCUCUGACCUCAGUAACCAUAGUAACCUCACCCUAAGUAGGAGGGACACCAGGACCUCUCUCACCUUCCGUAAGGUGCGCCGCACACCAUGUGACUGUGGUUACCCCUCUGCCUGUGACAGCCAGCAGCCUCCUGCCCCUCCCUCGCCCCCCUUCCUCCCUCGCAGCCAGACUGACGCCUGCCGUCUGGAGGCGGAGUUUGUGCACCGCGUGUACGAGGAGAUCGCUUGUCACUUCAGCAGCACUCGACACUCUCCCUGGCCACGCGUGUGUCACUUCCUGUCUUCCCUAGAACCAGGAAGCAUUCUCGCUGAUGUGGGCUGUGGAAAUGGAAAGUACCUGGGCGUCAACCCGGAUGUGAUUGCGGUGGGCUGUGACCGUAGCAGUGCUCUGGUCCAGAUCUGCUCUGAAAGAGGCUUCCAGGCCUUUGUGUCAGAUGCCCUCAAUGUACCUCUACGCAGUGACACCUGUGAUGCCUGCAUCUCUAUAGCGGUCAUACACCACCUCUCCACACAGAAGCGGAGGCAGGCUGUGGUUGAGGAACUUGUCCGACUGCUGAGGCCUGGAGGACAGGCGCUGAUCUAUGUGUGGGCUGUGGAACAGGAAUAUAACAAGCAGAAGUCCAAAUAUCUCAAAGAGACCAGACAACAGGGUCCUACAGGCGACUCCACGGACCACAACAACCAGAAGUCAAAGAGUCUUACAGGCAAUAACAUAGACGCCCACAACACAGCACAGGACUUUCCAGGCAAUACCACAGACGCCAACAACACAGCACAGGAUUUUUCAGGCAUAGCCACGGACGCCCACAACACAGCACAGGAUUUUUCAGGCAUAGCCACGGACGCCCACAACACAGCACAGGAUCUUUCAGGCAUAGCCACAGACUGCACCAAGGUCCACCGUGAGACAGAGAGUCCAGCAAAACUGAGCAUUCACACCAACCGCACUGCCUUCAACUCCCAGGACCUCCUGGUGCCCUGGCACCUCAAGGGUGGAGUGAGAGGAGGGUGUAACCAGGGGAGGGGAGAGGAUGAGCAGGGGGAACAAGGCUCCAAAAAUACUUUAGACCCCCCCACUGAAGCCCAGGCCCCCGCUCCCAGCCCAGUGUUUCACCGCUACUACCAUGUGUUCCAGAAGGGGGAGCUAGAGGAGCUGUGUGUCAGGGUUAGAGGGGUGGCCAUACAGAGAAGCUACCACGACCAGGGGAACUGGUGUGUCAUACUGAAGAAGACUGGAGACAGAUAAACACUUCCACAUUUAGGUAAAUGUGCUCCUGAACUGAUAAACAUUGAAUUCAGAAAUAAAUUAGCUUUUCGCUUCAUCAGAUAAAGAUGGAGACAAUUAUACAAACCCAUUAACUUUUAUCUCUGAUUUAUUGUAAAUAAUAAAGAUUGAAAAACAAAAUGUC